UCUGAGGAGCUCACGGGUCCACGCUGCUACCGCCGCCGCAGCAGCAGCUGCUGCAGAGAUGGAGAUCGUGGCGGGGUGUUACGAGAAGGUGCUCUUCGGCUACCGAGUGAAGGUUAACGACGAUGGCAGCUGGGAGGCCGUGGCGGACUUCACGCAUCAGGCGCAUCUGGCGUGCGUGACCGCCGUGGCAGCCAGCGACCGCUUCGUGGCGACGGGCAGCGCCGACGAGGCCGUGCACCUGUACGACCUGCAGAGGAGGGUGGAGCACGGGGCACUGCUGCAGCACAGCGGCACCAUCACGUGUCUGGAGUUCUACGGGAGCACGCACAUGCUGAGCGGUGCGCAGGAUGGAAGCAUCUGCAUUUGGGACACCAAGACGUGGAAGUGUCUGAAGACCAUACGUGCCCACAAGGGACAUGUUUCGGCAAUGUCUGUUCACCCGUCAGGGAAGCUGGCACUCUCCGUGGGCACGGACAAGACUCUCAGGACGUGGAACCUGGUUGAAGGAAGGUCAGCCUUCAUCAAGAACAUCAAGCGGAACGCUGAGCUGGUGCUGUGGUCCCCCAGCGGGAACGUAUACGCCCUGUGCUCGGGCCCGCACCUCGACGUGUACCGGCUGGAGACUGCGACCGUCACGGGCAGCAUCGUGAUGCCUGCGCGCAUCGCCUCCAUCCGCUUCGUCACCGAGGACCUGAUAGCGACGGCGGGUGGCGACGAGUUUGUCCGACUGCACAGCGUGGAGACCCUGAAGGAGGUGUGCACGUUCAAGGCGCACGAGAGCAGAGUGAAGGCGCUGUACACGGAGAAACACAACGGCCAGCACGUGCUGGCGUCCGCUUCCAGCGAUGGCAGCGUGAAGCUGUGGCGAGUGCUGCCCGAGUCGCCUGAGCAGCCCCCCGAGAUGCUGCUAGAAGUGAACACGACGGCUCGUCUCACCUGCCUCGCCGUCUGGAAACCGCAGGAAGUGGCGUCGCAGCCCCAGGCCAAGCGCAAGCAGGGACCACGGGCGAAGGUGGCCGGCGACAAGGCCAAGAAGAAGCGCGAGAGCACGGCGGUGGGCAAAGAGCGAGGAGCCUCCACCGAAGCCCCCGAAGAAACUCCCGCACCUGCCGCGCAAGCCAGGGACGCGAGGCUCGCACGCAAGCGGUCGCGCCCCGUGAAGCCAUCGCGCCCUGAGAAGCCAUCGCCCCCUGAGAAGCCAUUGCCUGGCAAAGCCACCGGCAAGAAAGCAAACAGGAAAAGAAAGAAGCGGCAAAGCCUGGAGUAGAGAUGGCGUGACGGGAAGUGGUGUGAUAUAUUUUAUUUUGACUGUCGUGAGUGUCACCCUUGGCAAGUGUAAUCAUGCUGGUGGAUACGUUCGCACCGUGAGCUUUGCGCGCGUGACAAACCCCUGGCGUGUUACCGUUGCGGGGGGCCCACUGGUCUCGAGUGCUCGCUUUAUAGACGCGCUGCGCCAAUUGAUUAACUUUUUUAUCCCAAUUAAAAUGAAACCGGAUAAAUUGUUCAUGUUUAAUGCAAUGUUCUCUGCGUUUAAAAAAUAAUAAUCAUAAUCGGUUGCACGCAAUUGUUCUUAAAACCCAGUGUUUUUGCUCAUUAACUUAAAAACUACAAAGUAUAAAUACUAUAAUACCAUGCCGGUCUGUUGGUGGGUGUUGUUUUGUAUUAUCCUCAUAACACCGUAAGCUCUAGGAAUUGUACAAAUGCUCGAUGUAGCUGUGCAGCCCACUGCGGGAUGAGGCCGUCCCCACGUAGUGCGGGUCAUGGGGUUAUUUGACCAUACUUCACGUGGUCAGUGUGGGUCGGUGAAGCCAAGGGACUGUUGUUACGGCACAACAAUCGAUGUUGCCGUGCUGCCCUCUGUGGACAACAUAACCCUGCAGCAGCAGCAGCAGUAGCAGCAGCAGCAGCAGCCUGCAACAUUACACACAAUCGUGCUCAUCAGGCUAAAUGCCUGCUUAACAUCCCAAGUCUGAUGAAAUCGGGCACAUUUCGAGUGAUUUAUAUGACGGACAACUGCAAUUGCUUGUAACAUUGCCUUCCAUUUUCACCCUCUCAAAAUGAUGAUGUGGGAAAGAAAAUAAAUGGGCAUCUAUUUUAGUUUAACAAUGCAAUCUUCAAAAUCUCUUCAGCAGUACGUGUCCUGUGCAUGAUUUAUUUUUAGGAGAUAUUUGUUUUAAACACUGGUCCUUCCACUGAUUACGCCGUGUUGCCAUGUACAUAGCAGCAACGUUUAUUGCAGUUGCAGUGAUCGUGCUGUGGUUCAUGUAACAAAACUCCUUAAAAAAAGUGUUUUUUUUAAACAACGGUUUUAAUAACAACUCCGUUUAA